UGGAAGCAAAGCUGCUUCCCAUACAGUCCCGACAUCGAUUCAACCGCGAAGGAGUACCGAGCACUGGUUUGACAGGUUCGAUAUAAUCGGAGAGUCCAAUCCACGGAGACUCGACGAAAAGGGUGGAACGACUGCUCGAUCAAACGGGUGAACGGGUCCCGCGGCACGUCCUGUCGCAAAACGCGAAUGUAACGGGAGGUCGCGCGUUCCAUCCAUCCGGUGGCUGGAAAAAUACGCUCCGUGGGACGAAGGCGAGCUCGUAAUAAUCAUGCAGAACUAUGGACACGAGGAUUACGACUACGGCGUGUCGAGCGACGCUCAACCACCGUCGGGUAGAGCUCUCCCCCAGAUGCCGGGCGUCGCUAGGCCGCUGGUGGACCCGCAGGCCGAGGGUGAGGUCGAUCCUAGCAUGUACCCCCAGCCAAAAGAGGCUACGCACAAGAUUCGCGGUAAGAGCGAUAUUCUGGAGUACCUCUUCGGCACUGUCGACCAGGAGCUUCUCACCGUGAAGACCUUCUACUUUUUCUUCUACUCGGCCUUCGGCUCCCUUUUCCCGCUUAUGGGGGUGUACUUCAAACAGAUGGGCAUGAACGCGGGUCAGUGCGGCCUUCUCAUCGGUCUUAGGCCGUUCAUCGAGUUCCUGAGCGCUCCCUUCUGGGGGUCCUUGGCCGACAGAUGGCAAAAAGGCAAACUUAUGCUUAUGGCUUCCCUUUCUUGCUGGAUCAUUUUCACUUUGCCAUUGGGCUUCAUUCAGCCCCCACCCACCUCUUGCAUGGCCGGGAAUGAAACUUCGUACUACCUAGAGGCAUCCAAUAAAGAGCAGAGAAUUGUAAAAAGAUCGACCGACCUAGACGAACUGUAUUACCCUGAGAACAAAGAGGAGUAUCUGGAGAUCGCGUCCAAUGUUGUCUUCGAAAGAUUACGACGAAGUACGGACGAUAACGAGAUAUUCGAUUAUAUGAAGAAACCGAAAUCGAAGGAAUUUAGUGCAUUCGAAUCUUACAAUAUUGAGAACAAUGAUGUUACAGAUUUCGAUAAUGGUGGUUCUGUCGCGUACGAUUUGAAAAACAACAGGGUCAGAAGACAAACGUCCGUCACGGAUAAAAGUGAUGUCGGAGAACUUAAAUACAAGUCACUGUCCGAAAGCGAUGACGAUGCAGAUACGAGGGGGAUUGAUCUGGAAACGUUGCAAAAGAAAAAUCGUCCAGCUGACGUAUUGGAAUACAAACGCUUUAUGAACAAUGAACAGGUGACCGAUCGAACAGUCCCGAAGAAGGCUUACGUUCGUCCUAAAACGCGCGUAAAGCCACCACCAGAGAAGAUAAUGGUAAAACGAGAGGCGGAGGGAAAACGAAUGUUCUUAGAAGACGAUGAGAUUGACAAACUCGAUGACGAGGAAGAAAAUGAAAGAAAUGAGGAUAUGCCAUUGGUGAGGAAUCGCAGGAGUUUAAGAUCGUGUCACGGCCCCUUCGGGUCUAAUCAAUUAUCACCUCUGUCAGUUACCUGCGCCACGAAUUAUAACGACAAAGAGAACAAGGACUGGGUGAAGCCGCUUUUCAGCUCCAUAGUCUAUAGAUUGUCGGAUAUUCAAAAAACAUUCUUCCUUUUGCUGUUGUUGGUGGUAGUCGGUGAAUUUUUUUCGGCACCUGCCAUAACAUUAGCCGAUUCAGCCGUUAUUACUUUACUUGGUGAAGACGCCGAUAGAUAUGGUCAUCAACGUAUGUUUGGAAGUCUAGGAUGGGGUUUGGCUAUGUUCUUUGUUGGAAUCGCUCUCGAUCACAGCACCGCGUUUCCAGAUCAUCCUUGUAGGCCUGACGAGAGAGAGAAAAAUUACACGAUUUGUUUCGCAAUAUUUAGCGUUUUGAUGGGCGCCGCGCUGAUAACAGCGACUCAAAUUAAUUUCAAGUAUGACGUUGCUCCUGCUGAGCCCGAGGUAGUAAAACCUCCGGCCGAGCCAACGCGGGAAGAGCAACUUCAAAGUCAGUUAUCCCAGCAGCUUAAUCUACCUGGGCUCCAGGAUUCUUCCGCCCCUGAUCCUAGACCUCCUCCGCCUCCCGAAGGAAAGACCAAGAUGUUCGCUCAAACGAUGAAGGAAAUACCGGAGUGGGUAACGGUGCUAAAGCAAUUCAAAGAUGUAAAAUGCGCGUCGUUCCUCUUCGUCGCGUGGUUCAUGGGUUUUGGUAUCGGAUUAAUCUUCACCUUCCUAUUUUGGCAUCUUCAAGAUUACGGCGGCUCGCCGACUCUUUUCGGUGUUGCGUCUGUGAUUAAUCACAUUUCUGAGAUCUUCGCGUAUUUCUUCAGCUUCAAACUUAUCCGACAGAUCGGGCAUGUUAAGGUAUUGUGUAUGGGUCUUGGCGGAAAUGUACUCCGAUUCCUCUACAUUUCUUGGCUAAAGAAUCCAUGGUGGGUGUUACCCUUCGAAUUCAUUCAGGGUAUCACACAUGCGGCAGUAUGGGCGGCAUGCUGCAGCUACAUCGCUCAUAAUACACCGCCACAAUUGCGUUCGAGCGCGCAAGGUGUUCUUCAGGGACUUCAUCACGGGCUUGGAAGAGGUUGCGGUGCAGUGAUUGGUGGCAUGUUCGUCGCAGCUUACGGUACGACCGCGACUUUCCGAGCGUACGGUCUCAUCUGCAUCAUCGUCCUAGCAGUCUUUGUGUUCAUUAAUUUCUACAGAAAGGAUACCGGCUUCGUAUCCGAGCUACCGCAGACGGAAGAUCCGCAUCAAGUGGCCGAGGCAACUCACCUGGCGCCACAUGGUGUACCAAGUAACGCUAUACCGCGAGCUCUCAGCUCUACUCGCUUGCACGAAUUGGCUAAUCAAGAUGCCGGCUAUGGGGCAACUUAUCAGACCGCUGGUGGAAAUCUCGCUGUACCCGGUGCUAACGGAGGCCCUGGCAACCCAACAAAUCCAUUCUUAAACGGCGGAGGUGGCGGCGAAGGUGGAUAUAAUUACGGUAUGACUGGCAAGGGAGAGGACGAGUAUAUUCGUAGGAACUUCCAGAUCUACAGUGAAGUGGUGGGUAGAGAAUUCGAUGUCGUAAAACCGACUAUCCAACUACACGCCCAACAACCAUGCACCAAUCCUUUUCAUCAACACGACUACGACUGGUAACGACUUUCGAUCUGUCGCGAGAAUGCCCGCGGAUUGUUUCCCCCCUACGACUACGACGUAUUGAAAUGUGAACGCUCGAGAAGACAUUACUGAGCAAACGAAAAUAUAAUUACAGAUAGAGAGGUACGUAUGUGUGCGUAUAUAAGUUUCCACGUGCAAAGCACAUACAAUACAUACGUAAGAUUAAUGAGCUUUGCAAAUCUUAACGAAUAAUUGUAUUUAAACUUGAACUCUCUUUAACUUGAAGUCGACUUAUCUCCGGUACGUCGUGGUAGGCCGUUUAUCAUAAGAGUUCCAAUAUUUUAAGAAUUAAAUAUUAAUGACGAUCUUUUGUAAUUGAAAUGGUCGUUGGACGUGAUGGGCUGCAAAAAAAAUUCACUUCGAGUUUGACCAAAGCAUGUUAUCGUUCAGAAUAGAUGCGCCUUCCUACGUAUAUGUGCGUGCGUUGCACGUGGAUACGCGAUGCGCAUAUGUGCGUGCGUGCGAGCGUGCAUGAACGCACGUGGACAUGCGUAUGGCUGCCUUUACGCCGCUGUCGUACAGUAUGUAUCAAGAUAUACGAUGUGAUAAAAUAUCUUGUGGACGAGCGGAAAAGGAGAAAAAGUGAACCAAAACACUUUUGAUGCCUCCCCUUUUCUCUUCCCAUUGAGAUCUUACAACCUCAUCGCCAUCUUGUCUCCUCGCAUUCCUCGGCUCUUUCCUGACUUGCUUGUCCUAUGAUCCAUUAUUCUUAGUAUAUUAUUUGCUGCUUCCUUCUGACUCUUUGUAAACGGAUGUUCACGAGUCUCUAGGGUAUCAGGGAAUUAGUGGUAAGACUAAAUUCAAUUAAUCGAAAGUGCCUAUCGAAAGUUUCCUGAUGCCCUGUGCGUUACUUCUAUUUUUGUCUUUAACGAUUUUCUUAUUUUACCUUUUUGUACGUGUUAAGAAGGAAAAGUAAUCCUGUCUCGAACAAAUGUCAAAUUUAUUAGAUGUUUUGGAUGUAAGAUCACAUUGAGAGCCGCGAAUAUUUAUUUCUCAAGUAUCCAAAAUAUCGUUCCAUAAUUAAUGAUAAUACUAAAGGAUAUGUAUCAGAAAUGUUACAAAUAGAAGUUAGUCCGUUGUUAAUUUUCUUAGAUCUCUAUAUCGCGUUUGAGUCCUCGAAUUUUUAGGCGAACUUUUUAAUUCAAUGAUUGAUUGAUCGCAUUAUACGUAAAUACAACAGCAAAAUUGCAUUUGCUCGUAAUACAAUCAAUCGAUAAAUUUAAAAACUUACCUUUUAUAAAAUUGCGUAAAAUUGAUUCUCAUUUAAACUACGUUUUUUUUAAAUGAUGUUUGUACAAAACAGAAGCGAGUUAAAAUAUCUUUAUGAAACACUAUAUAUAUUUAUAUGUUCAUUAUUGCGUUAUAAUUGUUUUACAUUGUUAUUUUACAUAAUCGUUUUAUCAUGUUAUAAAUUUAUAUAAAUACUGAUUGCGUUUCGUAGAAAGACAUUUAAAUAGCAAUUGGUAUUUGCACCACAGCAAAAUAGCUGUAUCGCACUCACUUUUAAAAAAGUUAUUCAAGUGCACCUAAAAUGAUAGUCGUUAAGAAAAUAUACACGAUUUAAUGAAGUGUGAGAUUUCAUCUAUACGAAACGCAUCUAAAUCGGUAGAGAAGAAAGAAAGAAAGCGAGAGUAAAAGAGAUAAACUAAAUAAAAAAUUAAUAUACAAAAACUUGGGAGGCCUGCAAGGUUUGAUAUAAGUAUUGUAAUAGAAUUCAUCGAUCUCAUCAGUGAUAAUUAAAAAAAGAACGUGUAAGCUAAAUUAAAGAGACAAUUUGUGUCACCUGUAAAUAUUCUGCACACUCUUAGAUAUAGAAUCUACUAUUCACACUUGUUUUCCGUUUUCAAACAGAUUGUUGAUCGUUAUUUACUAUACACGUUACGACUAUCCGGAUUAACUCUUUCUAUUAAAUGAACUCUAUUAAAUACUUUUAUUGUAUACGUAUAAGGUAUAUGUUGUGACAAUUGUAUAAUACUGUUGAAAAAGGGAAACGAAAAAAUUAGUAGUAAAAAAAUAUAUAUACAUAUAAAAAAA